CGAGAGAGAACAAUGUAGUCGUUCGAAAGUCUGAUUGGCCAUCGUUCACGUGGCAAAAAUCUCGCUGCGGUAUUAAAAUCUGGUUGCCUCGAUAUUUCUCUCGUGACGCAUUACUCAAAGACGAGAGAGUCUAAUCGACAAAAUGGCAGCAAACGAUGAUGGACCUAUCGUGGCACCCGACGAAGAUGUCCAAGACGACCGCGACUCAUCAAUUGGAGAUGAUGCGACAUCAUCGACAGCAAGUUUGAACAGCUCAAUCCUCGACUUUCGUCACGAAAACGGAAGAACAUAUCAUGCAUACAAGGAUGGAAAAUAUCAUCUUCCCAAUGAUGAGCGUGAAAAUGACAGGCUAGACUUGCAGCAUAAUUUAUUCCUCCUCACUUUUGAUAACAAACUUGGUCUUUCACCUCCAAACCUUCCUGAUUCCAAGGUCAAGCGCGUCUUGGACUUGGGAACUGGAACGGGAAUAUGGGCAAUAGACUUUGGUGAUGAUCAUCCCGAAGCCGAGGUUACCGGCGUCGAUCUAUCUCCUAUCCAGCCCACUAGCGUUCCGCCCAACGUUCGGUUCCUCAUUGAUGACAUUCAUGAGCAAUGGGACUUUUCUAAGCCCUUCGAUUAUAUACAUAGCAGGAUGAUGAAUUUCAGUAUCCCCAAUUGGCCAGAGUACUUGAACAAGAUCUACCAAAACCUCGCUCCUGGGGGCUAUGUCGAGAUCCAAGAGAUCGACGUGAUGAUGAAGUCUGACGACGGCACGCUUGGCGACGACAGUGCAAUCAUGAAGUGGAGUAAUCUAUUGAACGAGGCCUCCGUCAAGCUGCAACAAGCUUACAAAAAGAUUGACGAGUUCAAAGACAUGAUGGCCGAAGCAGGGUUUACCGAAAUUGUCGACAUGCGUUUCAAAUGGCCGACAAACCACUGGCCAAAGGAUAAGAAGUACAAAGAGCUUGGGGUAUGGAACAACCAAAAUAUUGCCAUCGCUCUGGAUUCAUUGACUAUAGCACCAUUUACGAGAGCCCAUGGUUGGUCUGUUGAAGAGGUCCAUAUUUUUCUGUCAAGUGUGAGAAAAGAUCUUAACAACCCAAAGAUACAUGGGUAUUGGCCAAUCUGCUCCGUUUAUGGAAGAAAGCCUUGA